AUGUUUUGUGAUUAUGUAGCGCUCGGGUUUCCACUGGAGGUAAACAUAAGCCCUGAUUCUAGUACAAUCCAUAGUUGCAAUGGGAUCGUUUGCAUUUCCUAUGGUUUAGAGGAUGAGCUUUGUCUCUGGAAUCCAUCAAUUCAUAAGAUGAUGACUCUUCCGCCUGUCACCUUUCAAGCACACAAUACUAAUUGGUAUAGCAUUGGGUUCGGCUUCGAUUCCCUGACUGAUGACUACAAGGUUAUCAGGAUUGUAUAUCUCAGACCUAAUUUUGAUCAAAAUCAUCCUGAGGUUGAGAUUUUCAGUUUGAGAACAGGCACAUGGAGGAACAUCACCCAUUUGGAUCUUCCAUAUACCAUUUGCAAGCAUGCUUCCCAGGCUUAUGUGAAAGGGACUGCACAUUGGCUUGCUUGGGAUUUCAGAAGUAUGAGUAGUAGCAAUCUGUCCGUCUUGAUCGUGUCAUUCCACAUGGGUGAUGAGGUAUUUGGCGAGAUCAUGCUGCCCAAUGGCAUGCCUACUGAUGACUUUAUGGAAAAUGUUCGUGUUGCUAAGUUUCAAGAAUCACUCUGUGAUUAA